CAGUGGUUCAGUGACGCAGGCAUAUUGACUUUAUCGCUUGAACUUACGGCGCUCGAGAGCCACAGCCAGCAAGGUGCUCAGGUAGUGCAGCUAACAGUGGGCAACAACUUAUGCCCCUAAUACUCUCAUUCGCUAGGUCCGCUUGACCGUUCAGGACGUUAUCCGUAUCCGCGGAGAAGCCGCAACACCCCAGCCGCGAGGGACCCUAUAUCAACUGCCACAUUAACCUCCCAACAUGUCAUCCGGAUUUGUAUCUGCGGGGACGGAUCAAGAGCCAGUCGAACGCGAUGACGAUUGGUACCGUGUGCAGCAAGAGCUCGAGGAGGAACGCCGGCGCAAAGCGGAGCUGGGAAAACAGGAUGGGGGAAAGAGUCUGUUUGAAGUGCUUCAGCAAAACAAGAUGGCGAAGCAAGAAGCCUUCGAAGAGAAAAUCAAGCUGAAGAACCAAUUCCGAUCGCUGGACGAAGAUGAGGUCGACUUUCUUGACUCGAUAAUGGAAUCAACGCGAGCAAAGGAGGCUGCUGUGAGAAAGGAGACUGCGGAAGGAUUAGAAUUGUUCCGACGACAGCGGGAAGAGGCGGAAAAGACACUUCUUGAAGAUACAUCUGCAGACGUGGUUCCGGCAGCCGAAGGGGAGGACUGGAAGUUGCCUGCGCGUAAGAGGCGACGCGAGAAGAGCAGGGACCUCCUUGUUCCGGGGAAGAAACGCAAGUCAUUCAGUGGUGAUUCUGCCGCAAGUCCGACAGGCGAACAGUCACCCCAAUCUGCAUCUAAGAAGUCCCCGGCAGAAACAAGUCAACAACAGUCUACAUCAGCACAGAAAGGCAGUGAAAAGUCGAAAACCUCAGCCACUGCCGAAAGUGCUGUUAAAACUGGACAAUCCCCGAAGAAGAGCACGAGCAUGGAGAAACCGGUACUUAAGCCGACAGCGAAUCCACCUUCAUUGUCCCUCGGUCUUGCUGGGUAUAGUUCUGACUCUGAAUAA